CUCUCCACACCUCGCGAGACUCCGGCGGCUUAGCAAUGGCGAGAUCAUGCCGCGUCACUGCUCCGCCGCCGGCUGCUGCACACGGGAUACGCGUGAGACGCGCAAUCGCGGCAUCUCCUUCCACAGACUUCCCAAAAAGGACAACCCAAGGCGAGGCUUGUGGCUGGCCAACUGCCAGAGGCUGGACCCCAGCGGCCAGGGCCUGUGGGACCCAGCAUCUGAGUACAUCUACUUCUGCUCCAAACACUUCGAGGAAAACUGCUUUGAGCUGGUGGGAAUCAGUGGCUAUCACAGGCUGAAGGAGGGUGCAGUUCCCACAAUAUUUGAGUCUUUCUCCAAGUUGCGCCGGACAACCAAGACCAAGGGGCACAGUUACCCACCUGGUCCCCCCAACGUCAGCCGGCUUCGGCGAUGCAGGAAGCGCUGCUCUGAGGGCCGAGGGCCCACAACUCCUUUUUCUCCACCUCCACCUGCUGAGGUCACCUGCUUUCCUGUGGAAGAGGUCUCGGCACCUGCUGCUUUGCCUGCUUCCCCCACUGGGAGGCUGGAGCCUGGCCUCAGCAGCCCCUUCUCAGACCUCCUGGGGCCCCUGGGUGCCCAAGCAGAUGAAGCAGGCUGCAGCACCCAGCCCUCACCGGAGCGGGAGCCAGAACGCCAGCCGUCCCCUCUUGAGCCAAGGCCUGUCUCACCCUCAGCCUACAUGCUGCGCCUCCCGCCCCCCGCCGGAGCCUACAUCCAGAAUGAGCACAGCUACCAGGUGGGCAGUGCCCUGCUCUGGAAGCGGCGGGCUGAGGCUGCACUUGAUGCCCUGGACAAGGCUCAGCGCCAGCUGCAGGCCUGCAAACGGCGGGAGCAGAGGCUACGGCUGCGGCUAACCAAGCUGCAGCAGGAACGAGCGCGGGAGGAGCGGGCACGGGAGAAGCGGGCUCAGGCAGAUGCCCGCCAGACUCUGAAGGAGCAUGUGCAGGACUUUGCCAUGCAGCUGAGCAGCAGCAUGACCUGAGCGAGGGGCCACUGAACUCAGAACUGAUUGAGGGGCUGCAAGCCUCUUCCUUAGAAUCCACCUGAAAAGGGACCUCAUGUGAGCUGCAUCCACCAGACCUACCAGGUGCCCUAAUAAAGUGGUUUCUAGCA